AUGCACAAAAUUAAUCAAGAAAAAGAAGGAUCCAUUAAUGUUAUUGGCCAAAAUGUAAAUAACAACACUUCUGUGUUUCAAUCAUCGGAUGAAUCUUCAGCAGCUUUCAUCAACUCUGACCCACUCUUAGAAGUUAAUACAUUAAACUCACAAAUAGAUGAAUCACACCAUCCUCACCAAGCUUCCUUUGAAGCAAUGCCUUUUUGGAAAGACUUUGUUGCAGGUAAUGUAGGAGGAAUGUGUGGUAUCCUUGCUGGACAUCCUUUUGAUACGCUGAAAGUUCGUAUUCAAACACAACCACACAAAUAUAACGGAACAAUAUUUAGUACAUUGUAUAGAAUAAUGAAAAACGAAGGUAUUAAUGGUCUUUAUAAAGGACUGUCAUCCCCUUUACUAGGAGUUGGAAUAUUAAAUUCUAUUAUUUUCGGAGUUUACGGAAACACAAUGAGAGCUUUGGAUGAUUAUCGUGGAAGAAAUAGAGGUGUUAUUACAAGUGAUUACCUUUAUUAUGGCGAUGUUUUUAUGGCUGGUUCACUUGCUGGUCUUGUGAAUACACCAAUUUGUAGCCCUCUUGAAUUGAUAAAAACAAGAUUGCAAAUUCAAGAUCAAGCUAAAUCUGACCUUACUCAUAGAGCUUACAGUGGACCAACUGAUUGCUUUAUGAAAACAUGGAGAUCUGGAGGAAUUAGAGGUAUAUUUAAAGGUUUAAAUAGUACAAUGGUUAGAGAUGUACCAAGUUAUGGUGCAUACUUUGUAAUGUAUGAAUAUCUGAAAGAAUUAUAUGGUGAAAGUCCAUUAGCUCUAUUUUUAAGUGGUGGUUUUGCAGGAAUAGGAUGUUGGUACCUUUCAUAUUGGUCUGAUGCUAUAAAGUCACGUAUCCAAGCAUUACCAGAUCCUCCACAUCCAGGUCACGAUAAAUACAAGGGAUUUAUUGACUGUUGUGUGAAGAGUUAUAAGGCUGAAGGAUAUAUGGUAUUUUUCAGAGGUUUAAAUUCAUCUAUUGUAAGAGCUUUUCCUCUUAAUGCUGUAACAUUUUUAGCUUAUGAAACAACUAUGAAAAUUUUGUAAGAAAUGUAGCAAUAUUUUGUAACGUAGUAUUGUAAUAUAUACCAAGUAGUAUCAAUUUAAUUAAAUAAUUGUUUAGAUUAU